AAACGAAUAGGUAACCGCUCCCAUGAGUUUGGCAGUAUUAAGGUAAACAAAGGGAGGAACUUUGUUAACUGGAGUUUCGCCUACAACUCCAGAUGUCGUGCACCACUCAGCGCAUUUUACCUACGGUGACUGGUCACAACAGGCCAGCGGGCACGUUACGUAAGCGCGUAGCCACAGCAGGCAUUUAAACAGUGAGGCUGCGAAGCUCCAGCUGGAAACUUUUCCUCUGCUGCUACAGCCCGUGAGACCUUCGUGUCUUCACCAUCCAGACUGCACACACUCUACCAUCCAGACAUGUCUUACAACAACAGCGCGUGUUUUAACGAGGCCCGGAGAGUGGCUAUUUUCGGAGGAACGCACGGGAACGAGAUGUCAGGCGUGACGCUCGUGAACCUGUGGGUGAAGAAUAGCGCCGAGAUCCAGAGAAAAGGGGUCGAGACCAAACCUUUUAUCACCAACCCGAAGGCUGUGGAGAAGUGCACCAGAUAUGUAGACACGGAUCUAAACCGAGCCUUCACCUCAGAAAACCUCAGUGCCUCGGGAGGAGACGACCAGCCCUACGAGGUGCAACGAGCCCAGGAGAUCAACGGGAUUUUCGGACCCAAAGGCAGCCCAGAGGCCUACGAUGUUAUCUUUGACCUCCACAACACGACGUCCAACAUGGGCUGCACUCUGAUCCUGGAGAGCUCCAAAGAUCACUUCAAUCUGCAGAUGAUGAACUACAUCAAGAAAGCCAUCGCUCCCGGUAGUUGUCUUGUUCUGCUGAAUGAACAUCCUCUUUUGAAAUAUUCCACUUCACGCUCUGUUGCCAAGCACCCUGUUGGUCUGGAAGUGGGUCCUCAGCCUCAAGGGGUUUUGAGGAGCAACAUAUUUGAAGCUAUGAGGGUAAUACUGAAACAUGCCCUGGACUUCAUUGAACUGUUUAAUGAAGGCAUGGAGUUCCCUCCCUGCACAGUAGAAGCUUUCCGAGUCUCGGAGAGGAUUGACUACCCCAGAGAUGCCAAUGGAAACAUCAUUGCCAUGGUGCACCCAAAUCUGCAGGACUGUGACUGGGAACCACUGAACCCCGGUGACCCUAUGUUCCAAACUUUUGACGGAAAGACCAUCCGCUACCAAGGCUCGGGCACUGUCUACCCCACUUUUAUUAACGAGGCAGCCUAUUAUGAAAAACAACAGGCAUUUGUAACCACCAGGCGAGAAACCUUGGUAGCAAGUUCCAUCAGAAAAGCAUGAACACUGUUUUGUAAGGCUGCCAUGAAUAUGUGUUAGCCACGGCCACAAUCUGUGUAUAGAUUUCGCACUUUGUUCCGUUAGAAAAUGACAAACUUUCCUCACAUAAUAAUGACUAGAUACCAUCUUUUACACACUGAUUUAGUUUUCUAUGCAUUUACUAUCACACAAUCUUUUAACUAUGCAAAGACAUUUUUUUGGAGGCUUUGCAAAGAGUCACUGUGAAAGUCUUUGAUCUGAAGACUGGUAUAUUGCUGUGGUAAGUAUUUAAGAUACUGUUGUUUAAAAAAAAUAUUUACAUUAAAUCAACUAAGUUUUUAUAAUAUUAAAGGCCAGGCCUAAUUAUUGAUGGUUUAUGAAUCAUUUCACAACACUCUUUAAGUUUCCUACUACUGCUCAGGACACCCAUUUUGAAUCAUAGCCUACAACGUUUGACCCAAAACUGUAGUUG